CAGCUGAUUCGCUGCAGCGGCGGCGGCGGCGGUGCAGGCGGCAACGGGCGCCUCGUAGCCGCGCUAGCGAGGCGGAGGCUGGGCUGGGGUUCCAGCCGAAGUUUCCGCGCGCGGGUUUGCCCACCCGGCGUCCCUCCCGGAUACAUCCUCGCCUGGUCCUGUUGGCCGGAGGGACGGGAUAUAGCCAGGCACACGAUGAAGCUGUGACAGGUUUGCCAGCAGGAUGGCAGCAAACAGCCUGGUUCUGCCCAUCGUCCUCUGGGGGCGCAGAGCCCCGACGCACUGCAUCUCAGCCGUGCUGCUGACGGACGACGGGGCCACCAUCGUGACCGGGUGCCAUGACGGGCAGAUAUGUCUCUGGGACCUUUCCGUAGACUUGGACGUGAAUCCCCGAGCGCUGCUCUUCGGUCACACGGCGUCCAUCACCUGUCUGUCUAAGGCGUGUGCGUCUGGUGACAGACAGUAUAUUGUGAGUGCAUCUGAGAGUGGGGAGAUGUGCCUCUGGGACGUGAGUGAUGGCAGAUGUAUUGAAUUUACAAAAUUAGCUUGCACACAUACUGGCAUACAGUUCUACCAGCUCUCUGUUGGAAAUCAGAGAGAAGGAAGGCUUCUGUGCCAUGGUCAUUAUCCUGAAAUCCUUGUGGUGGAUUCCACCAGCCUUGAAGUGCUGUACUCCUUAGUCUCAAAGAUCUCUCCAGACUGGAUCAGCUCUAUGAGUAUUAUUCGAUCCCACCGAACACAAGAGGACACCGUGGUGGCACUCUCAGUGACGGGCAUCCUGAAGGUGUGGAUCGUCACCUCGGAAAUCAGCGACCUGCAGGAUACUGAGCCAAUAUUUGAGGAGGAAUCCAAACCAAUUUACUGUCAGAAUUGCCAAAGCAUCUCUUUCUGUGCAUUCACACAAAGGUCACUUUUGGUGGUGUGCUCCAAGUAUUGGAGGGUAUUUGAUGCUGGAGACUACUCCUUGUUGUGCUCGGGUCCGAGUGAAAACGGGCAGACGUGGACGGGAGGUGACUUUGUCUCAGCCGAUAAAGUCAUCAUCUGGACUGAAAAUGGGCAGAGUUACAUUUACAAGCUACCUGCCAGUUGCCUUCCAGCUAGUGAUUCAUUCCGCAGCGAUGUGGGGAAAGCGGUCGAAAGUUUAAUUCCUCCAGUGCAGCACAGCCUCUUGGACCGAAGAGAUAAAGAGUUGCUAAUUUGUCCUCCUGUGACUCGAUUCUUCUAUGGAUGCAAAGAAUACUUCCACAAACUAUUAAUUCAGGGUGAUUCUUCUGGAAGAUUGAAUAUUUGGAACAUAUCAGACACACCUGAUAAACCGGAAGGGCGGGAAAUGACCACAUCUAUUAGUUUGCAAGAGGCGUUUGAUAACCUGAACCCGUGUCCUGCUGGAAUUAUAGAUCAGCUGAGCGUGAUCCCCAACAGUAGCGAACCUCUUAAGGUGACGGCGAGUGUGUACAUACCAGCGCACGGACGGCUCGUCUGUGGCCGUGAAGACGGAAGCAUCGUCAUCGUCCCCGCCACGCAGACGGCCAUAGUGCAGCUUCUGCAGGGCGAGCACAUGCUCCGCAGAGGUUGGCCACCUCACAGGACACUCCGUGGUCAUCGGAACAAAGUCACAUGUUUGCUGUACCCUCAUCAGGUCUCAGCCCGUUAUGAUCAAAGAUAUCUCAUAUCUGGAGGCGUGGAUUUUUCGGUCAUAAUUUGGGACAUAUUUUCUGGAGAAAUGAAACAUAUCUUCUGUGUCCAUGGUGGUGAGAUAACUCAGCUUCUAGUUCCACCUGAGAACUGUAGUGCAAGAGUGCAGCACUGCAUCUGUUCUGUAGCCAGUGACCACUCAGUCGGACUUCUAAGUUUGCGAGAGAAAAAGUGCAUUAUGCUGGCGUCUCGUCAUCUUUUCCCCAUUCAAGUAAUCAAGUGGAGGCCUUCUGAUGAUUACCUAGUAGUGGGAUGUUCAGACGGCUCUGUGUAUGUCUGGCAAAUGGAUACUGGAGCGCUGGACCGCUGUGUGAUGGGGGUCACGGCCGUGGAGGUCCUGAGCGCUUGUGACGAGGCGGCCCCCGCUGCCGCCGACUCCCUGAGUAACCCGGCGGUCAACCUCAAGCAAGCCGUGACGCGCCGCAGCCUCGCCGCGCUGAGGAGCAUGGCCCAGCACAAGCUGCAGACGCUGGCCACCAACCUCCUGGCUCCCGAGGCGUCCGACAAAGGAAAUUUACCUAAAUAUUCUCAUAACUCCCUGAUGGUUCAAUCAAUAAAGACAAACCUAACAGACCCGGACAUACACGUGCUCUUCUUUGAUGUGGAAGCGCUGAUUAUUCAACUCUUGACUGAAGAAGCCUCUAGGCCGAAUACGACGCUUAUUUCCCCAGAGAAUCUGCAGAAAGCAUCUGGCAGUUCAGACAAAGGGGGCUCUUUUCUAACCGGAAAACGAGCAGCAGUCCUCUUCCAACAAGUGAAGGAAACCAUCAAAGAGAACAUAAAGGAGCACCUCCUGGAUGACGAAGACGAGGAUGAAGAGGCGGUGCGACAGAGGCGGGAGGACGGUGACCCUGAGUAUCGGGCCAGCAAGUCCAAGCCGCUGACCCUGUUGGAGUAUAACCUGACGAUGGACACUGCGAAGUUGUUCAUGUCCUGCCUCCACGCCUGGGGUUUGAAUGAGGUCCUGGACGAAGUGUGUCUCGACCGCCUGGGGAUGCUGAAACCCCACUGCACGGUGUCGUUUGGCCUCUUGUCGCGAGGAGGUCACAUGUCCCUGAUGCUUCCCGGUUAUAACCAGGCAUCCGGUAAACUGUCCCGCGGGAAAGCCCAAGUGGGAAGGAAGCUGGCGGCCACCGAGGGUGUCGGGAAGGGGACCUACGGCUUGUCCCGGGCUGUAACCACGCAGCAUCUCCUGUCUGUCAUAUCUUUGGCAAACACCUUGAUGAGUAUGACCAAUGCAACUUUUAUUGGUGAUCACAUGAAGAAGGGCCCUACCAGGCCACCUAGACCAAGCACCCCAGACCUUUCCAAGGCAAGGGGUUCCCCUCCAACUACCAGUCAUACUGUGCAAGGACAGAUUAAACAAGGAUGGAGUCAGUUGGCCGCCAUGCAUUGUGUUAUGCUGCCAGACCUGCUGGGAUUGGACAAGUUUAGGCCCCCGCUUCUAGAGAUGCUGGCUCGGAGAUGGCAAGAUCGAUGCUUGGAGGUCAGAGAAGCUGCACAGGCUCUGCUGCUAGCCGAACUGAGAAGAAUUGAGCAGGCGGGACGGAAGGAGGCCAUUGAUACCUGGGCUCCUUACUUACCUCAGUACAUGGACCACGUCAUAUCACCGGGAGUCUCAGCAGAAGCCCUUCAGACUCUCACCACUGCUCCUGAUGCCUCUGGCCCAGAGGCCAAAGUCCAAGAGGAGGAGCAUGACCUUGUGGAUGAUGACAUCACCACUGGUUGCUUAUCAAGUGUCCCACAAAUGAAAAAAAUUUCCACAUCUUAUGAGGAAAGACGGAAGCAAGCCACUGCUAUUGUUUUACUAGGAGUAAUAGGAGCUGAAUUUGGUGCUGAAAUUGAACCUCCUAAACUGUUGACCAGACCUCGCAGCUCUAGUCAGAUUCCUGAAGGAUUUGGUUUGACUAGUGGUGGAUCCAACUACUCACUGGCCAGACAUACUUGUAAGGCCCUGACAUUUCUUCUGCUGCAGCCGCCAAGCCCUAAGCUUCCUCCACACAGUACCAUCCGCAGAACAGCCAUUGACCUGAUUGGACGUGGCUUCACCGUCUGGGAGCCCUACAUGGAUGUGUCUGCCGUCCUCAUGGGGCUUCUCGAACUUUGUGCUGAUGCUGAGAAACAACUUGCCAACAUCACAACGGGGCUGCCUCUGAGCCCCGCCGCCGACUCCGCCCGCUCGGCCCGGCACGCCCUCUCCCUCAUCGCCACGGCCAGGCCCCCCGCGUUCAUCACCACCAUCGCCAAAGAGGUGCACAGACACACUGCUCUCGCCGCAAACACCCAGUCUCAGCAGAAUAUGCACACCACCACUCUUGCCCGAGCGAAAGGGGAAAUUCUGAGAGUCAUUGAAAUUCUUAUUGAAAAGAUGCCCACAGAUGUCGUGGAUCUUCUUGUAGAGGUUAUGGACAUCAUUAUGUACUGCCUCGAAGGAUCUUUAGUUAAAAAGAAAGGUCUUCAGGAAUGUUUUCCAGCCAUCUGCAGGUUCUACAUGGUCAGCUAUUAUGAGCGGAGUCACCGAAUAGCCGUUGGAGCACGCCACGGAUCAGUGGCCCUGUACGACAUUCGGACUGGAAAAUGUCAGACAAUCCAUGGACACAAGGGACCAAUCACUGCAGUGGCCUUUGCCCCAGAUGGACGCUAUCUUGCCACCUACUCGAACACGGACAGCCACAUUUCUUUCUGGCAGAUGAACACGUCCCUGUUGGGGAGCAUCGGCAUGCUGAACUCGGCACCCCAGCUGCGCUGCAUCAAGACCUACCAGGUGCCCCCGGUGCAGCCCGCCUCCCCCGGCUCGCACAACGCCCUGCGGCUGGCCCGGCUCAUCUGGACGUCCAACCGCAACGUCAUCCUCAUGGCUCACGACGGCAAGGAGCACCGCUUCAUGGUCUAGGGCUGCGGGCCGCGAGCUCCGCCUCCCAGGUCUCCAGGCCCAGAGUCCCCCUCCCUCGGCGCCCGCCCCCCACCCCGCGCCGGGGUCACCAGGAGCAGCGGGGUCUGUGUCCUCCCGCCCCCGCCCCCACGGACUGGGGCGGCCCGCGGCCCCACAGGACGGCCGCCCUGUCCCCAGGCUGUCUCCCCGCUCCGCACCCCCGCACCGGGAGGGGAGGCUGGGUCCUGUUGCUCGGUGCGCCGGAAGCCCGAAAAUCAAUAACCACUGUGAUUGCACUGCCAGCCCAGAUCAGCAGUUUCCGAGCGCUGAACCCCACCUCCGAACGCGGUGGGGACCUGGUCAUUCCGACACUGGGUUUUAUGGUCGUGUGGCAGUCCUAAUCAUUGAUAUUAUUUUCCUUUGGAUUUCCUAAAAGAUGCUGUCGUUUACCAGAAGGAUUCUGUGUUUACAUGAUCUCUCUCUUUUUUUUUCCUUUCUGGGAGAUUGCUCGGAAAUUACUCAAUCCAAUUUCCUAGGGUUUAGCCACUACCUUCUUUAUUAACACCUAACCAAUUGGAGAUUAAUGAGAAAAUACACACACAGACACACACAGAUUUUCCUGGAGAAUAGUCUCUUGGACACCCAGCCUUCCAAAAUGCUCAUAUCCUGCUCAAGUGAUGCUAUAUUUAGUAGUUAAAAAUCAAAAUCAUCACUACUGACGAUCUAGUUAAUAUAAUCAUCCAGUCACUAGAACUAAUCUCUGAAAUGGACUUUUGUCAUAAAGAACCGAGUUUGGAAGCAUAGCAUACACCUGGAAAGAAGAUUCUUGUGUCUAUAGCUACAGAUCUUUUUAAGAAAGAGCUUACCCCAGAGACUUCACAGACCUGCAGUUCCCAUAUGUCAGCUAUCACGUAAUAGUUACAAUUCAGCCUUCAAACCACUACUGACCAGUUAAAGGAAAACCAAGACAACAUUUCUUUUAAACAAGUGUCCUAGAAAAUCAUUAACUAUGGCAGAGGCAUUCAGGAGUAUAUAGCCACCCUCAGUGUCUGCGGGGGGUCAGUUCUAGGGCCCCCGAGGAUACCGGAGUCCACAUGUACUCUGGUCCCUGGUAUAAAAUGGCAGAGGACACGAAGGGCCGGCUGUCUGUACACCUGUGGGGGCUCUCAGCCGAUCUGAAGAAGCACUGCAGUGAGGGUGUUCAUCGCACUUCUAAGGAAACUGUAACUAGGGCACUUUCUUCUGCUUCUGUCGGAUUAUGCUGGUCCUUUGCUCAUAGUAAUGGGGAAAAAAAUCCAUAAAAUAAUAUUUUGGAUGACUUGCUCCUGACAACCUUGAUCUGCAUAUAGUUGGGAAUUUGGCUGGUUGGCUGUUGAUUGGUUAAUCAGGCAAAAUGGUUUAUUAAAUAUAAAAAUAUAAAACAAUUUAUUAAAUUCAGGAAAAAAAAUAUGAAGUUUACAAAGGAACCAAAGUGAUAAAGGGAGCAUCUAAUUAAAAAAAAUCGAGGUUGACAGAGUUCAUAUAAUAUUCAGAAAAGUAUGAUCACAGUCCAGGAACAAAUACAGCUAUUGUUUUAUUGAAACAGACUUCUAAAGAACAUGUUAGGAAAUCAAGUCCCCUAGAACAGCUCUUUCAUAGCGAUAAGAUGUAUGUCAUGUCUAUUGAUGGCAAACCCAUCCCAUACCUUGGUUUUAGACUUUAGGUAUUCUUCAAAGGUGAAUUUAUGCCACAUGCAUGUACAUUGUAUUUAUAAAGAUUAUACAUGUAGCUUCCCAGGAAGAAACUAAGAACUAUACAGCAUAGGCUUGGUUUGUGAGUGUGCUCUUGUGUGCGAUAGAAACAGAAAAACCCGAGGAGAUCAUGGGGGGCUCUCAUUUUUCCAGUGAUUUUCCUGAGUCUUCAGUGCAAAUACCCAGCCCAUGUUUACCUUAUGAACUGAAAUGAAGAUUAACUUAUUCUAGACUACAAAGCUGCUUUGGAAUGAUGAAGUACAGAUAUACUUUAGAGAUUUUUUUUUUUUUUUGAAAAAACAAAAUGUUCACCGUGUCAGGAGGAAGGUGUGAGACUUGUGGGCAGGCCACCCCCAAAGAACAGAGCGCACACCCCAUGGAGGUUUAGAAGAAAGCUGUGAGGAGCUGGGCAGUGGGGCUCAGCCCGCCUCACACCCCAGCUGCAGAGAUGGCCGUGACUGUUGGCGGGCAGAACCUGGGCGUCGUAGGACGCCGAGGUGGAUGGUGGCUGCCGGUUAGACAGUCACCUCUAACUGCUUCACUAGCAUUUGCAUUCUCGUUCCCACACAUCUCUCCCUGACUCUCUGAACAACCACAGCUGCAGACUUCAUCACAGCACAGACGUCUCAGCACUGAGGUCAGCUUAUAUUGUCAUCCCAGCGUACGCUUCUGGUGUCUUCUUGAUUUUGUUGGCGCUGUACUUGGACCUGCCCUUGUAAACAUAGAAACGUAUGCGUAGCUUCAUUGGUAAUGUCCAAGCUCACGAUGCCGCAUCGUGACACCUGUAUGAAAACGUGAUGCUUGAACUCACUGCGUCCAGCAUGUGAAGUAAAACGUCUGCCUCUGGAGAUGCCUCUUGAUGACGCCAUUUAACAGAUUCUAAAUGUGCUGACUGUCCCUGUGUACAUAUGUGUGUUAAAAUAAAACUGAACUGUACCGAAGGUGGUUUUUCUCAUUAAAAACGUGCAUUCUUUUUAAGCAUUCUCCAUGGAAAUCCUCCCCCUCCCCCACCUUUGGUACUAAAUUAAGCCUUCUAUUUCUGUUUGGUUAUUCAUUUCCCUGGAAAACCAGCUUCCAGAAAGGUGAACAUGUCCACAGAGGAGGCCAGAGCGUGGAGGGAGUCCUCCAGGACUGCGGAAGUGACAACCAAACUCUCCUACCAAGACUCCACGGCACCCUCUGUGGCUUGGGCAAGGGAAUUGCAUACGUGUUGCUUUAUCUCCACCCUAAAUUGCUCCUAAAUAAACUGUUAAUUAUACCAAA